GCGACGGUGGACGAGGACGCGCCGAAGUACCAAUUGAUCACGUUCUUUCGAUUCGCCGCGAUCGAGGACCCGGUGGCGGAGGUGGAGCGGCAUCGCGCGCACAUCGAGCGACGGGGCUGGGAACUGCGAGGACGGAUAUACGUCAACGAGCAAGGCAUUAACGCACAGAUGUCUGGACGAGGGCGAGAGGGAGAGGAGUACGCGCAAUGGGUCGAGAGCGACGCGCGAUUCGCUGGGAUGCGGAUAUCGGUGUAUCCGAUGGAUGCUCAGGCGCACCCGAGACUGGCGUUGCGAUACAAACCCAACUUGGUGCAACUCGAGGGAGGGACGAAUCAUUUACCGUUGACCGAUCGAGAGAAGCGCGCGAAGCCAAACGGGUACGAGUGGGACGUCGGACAUUUUCGCGGCGCCGAGAGACCGGUGCAAGAGUCUUUCAGGGAAACCGUCUAUACGAACGUGCAAGACGGCUUAGGACCGCUGGCAAACGUGGAUAAAGAAAAGCCGAUCAUGAUGUACUGCACAGGUGGCAUCCGAUGCGACGUGUAUUCUACAGUAUUGCGAGAGCAAGGGUACAAGAACGUGAUGACGCUCGAGGGCGGCGUGCAGGCGUACUUUGAUGAGUACGGCAAGCGCGAUGAUCAACUUUGGGAUAACCAUUUGUUUGUGUUCGACAGUCGACUCGCAAUGGCCCCUGAUGGACGUCCGAGCGCCGAGCUAGGCGAAGCAGCGGCGACUUUGCGAUGUUACUGCUGUGGCGACAGUUCGGCGCCACCGCCGCACCGCAACUGCCCCAACGUCGAUUGCAAUAGGCUCUUCCUCGUGUGCAGUAAAUGCACCGAUAAGCUCGAUGGAUUUUGUUGCGAAGAAUGCACGAAAUCCGCGCACGUUCGACCGCAACUCGUCGUCCCUGGACGAUAUGAAAAGUAU